UUCCCUGAAUGACCGACUUUAAUAAGUACUGCGUAUUGAUACUACAGCGGCCGAUUCAGACGGCUCAUUYUUACCUAAAAAUGUCUUCUUUUCUCUUGUUACGGCACUCAGGCCGAGUCAAAACAUGCCGUCAACUUUUCAAGUUUCAGCAAAGUUUCACUAUACGCAGCUUCCACUCGAAUACGAGUUCUUUCGAAGAAGAAAGUGGCACGGUGGAAUUCAAUAACAACCAUCGGGUCUUCGAGAGCAAGAAAAUGGGUGAAUUGGCUCGGGCUCUUUUCGUUCUCAAAUUCUCUUCUUACGAAUUUUUGGUAAAAAAUAGUUUACCGAUGAUGGAAUUUGCUAAAAAAGUUCUUGGAAAGAAAAUGUUUAAAAGCUUGAUGAAAAAAACCAUGUACAGUCAGUUCGUAGCUGGAGAAGAUUAUGAUUCCAUCAAAAAUAGUGUUGACAAUUUGAAAGCACAAGGUAUUGGGACAAUUAUGUGUGUGCCGACAGAAGAGGAUUACACUGAUGCAGACACAGAUGGAUUUGAGAGCAGAGAGGCUCGUUUCGACAGAAAUUCAGAGGUUAUUCAUGAUUGCAUAAGUAAAACGGAGACUGGUACUUUUUCUCAAAUGAGAGUUAGUGCAAUAUGCAGCCCUUCAGUCUUGAAAGCCUUAAAUGAUCUACUUCAACCAUAUCAAACACAGACAUACAAACCUGAUGGCCUUAGCGUGAGAAAUUUUGCAAGAGGACUUGAUGAGGCAACACCGAGCCACAACUUGGUACCUCAGCUGACAGAAAACCAAAACAAGCACUUGAAGAACUCUUUAAGAAGACUAGACUCUUUUGCCAAGCACUGCAAAAGUAAAAAUGUCAGACUUUUAAUUGAUGCUGAGCAGUACUACCUGGAAGGCGGUAAUCAUCACCUAAUCUUGGCCCUGCAGAGUAAAUACAACACAUGGAAACCCUGGGUAUAUGGAACAUACCAGUGCUAUAGGAAGGACACUUUGGACAGGCUAGAAGCUGAUCUAGAAAUGAUGUCUGAUGAUAAAUUUCAUUUUGGAGCAAAGUUGGUGAGAGGUGCCUAUAGACAACAAGAAAAAAUUCGUUCAAUUGAACUAGGAUAUGAAUAUCCAAUCUAUGACUCCUAUGAGGAAACCUGCAAGGCAUACAAUACAGCACUGGAAAUCAUCUUGCGGCAAGUAGCUUACUCUCCAGCUGAAGUUAUGGUGGCUUCACACAAUGAAGAAUCUAUACAGUUGGCAACAAGCAGGAUGAUAGAGUUAGGGAUUGAGAAAAGAGAUGCAGGAGUGUCCUUUGCACAGCUGUAUGGGAUGUGUGACCAAGUGUCAUAUCUUCUAGGUCAUAAGGGCUAUGAAGUUUACAAAUCUGUUCCUUAUGGUCCUGUGGACACAACCUUACUAUACCUAGUAAGAAGGGCUUUAGAAAACAGAGAUGUCACAUCCAGAACAGAAAAGGAAAGGUUUCUCAUAUGGAAAGAGAUUAGACAAAGGAUUGUAGGAGUUUGAAUUGAAAAGAGUACACUUUCAAAUUAUAAAAGACUGGAUUACCCGAUUAGCUCAGUUGGUAAGAGCAUCGGUCUGUUUUGCGGGAGGUUGUAGUUCAAGCCUCAGCCAGACCAACACUCAGGGUCUUAAAAUAACUGAGCAGAAGGUGCUGCCUUUGUAAUUAUUAUCUGCAAAUGGUUAGACCUUCAAACCGUAGGCCCCGUCUGUCUUCACUAUAUAACCCUGCAUAAGGCGGAUGUAAAAGAUCCACUGAAGACGCUGGUGACAACCAUCUUCAGUGCCCGUGCUAAGACUCUACAGGGCUCACUGUAAUUGGCAUAAAAGCUGUUGUGGUGUCCCUGCCCUCAUGGGGAAAAGCUAAUAAAUGAAUAGAGUAAAGGCAUUUAACCUGUGAAAUAAAAAAUGUUAGUCAACGUGUAAUAGAGUACAAACACUAAAAGUGUGCACCACGUUGCACUAGUAAAUAGUGCUAAUUAAACAAUAGAAAACAAUAGGAUUAGCAUAAUUUAGCAGUAUUUAGUGGUAUUUAUGUUACACACUUAUAGUGUUUGUAGUGUUCAUAGUGUUUAUAGUGAAAUAUUCACCCAUAAUUGAAUAAUAUAUUUUCGAACUUAGUUUUAUAAGUAGGUGACUUUAAUGGAUCAGUGUACUAGAGUGCAUUAACUAAAAUGAAGCUAGCAUUCUUCCAGGUCUUGGUAAAAGGCUGGUCUUCUCAUUACCAGUGUGCCUGUAUUACAUGCAAUUUAGUCCAAAGGAAGGAGCCCAACUAAUCACCUUUUUUCACUCGGCAGCCAUGUUGGUUUGAACAAAACAGUCAUUUGCAUCUAAGGUGAACACGACACUAAGACAUGUUCUAAUUGGUUGCCAAAACAUAGAAGUAAGUCAACUGGAAAGUGCAGGUCUGGCACACGGCUCUUUGGAAUCAGCCAGCCGGGUGCCAAACAUGUCUGUGGUUUGGGAAGGCCUCAAUUAAAAUAUGUCUUUUUUGGGUGAGGGGUAACCCCAAGAUUCUCCCCAUAAUCCCCCACACCAUAAAUUAUGGGUGCUCUCUAAGGGUCCUCUAGGGGACAGCAUUGUAUUCAUUUUACCAAUAAUGUUUAUUGUAAAAUGAAAAAAAAUUACCAUUUAUUUUAUUGACAAGUGAAGUAUUUGUCUUUAAACAAAAGAUUUGCAAGCAAGUGUUUAUCAUGACCACUAAUUUAGGUCUUAGGAUGGCAUAAUUUUAUGCUUUCAUGCAACAGUAGUUUAUUUCUGAAAUGCAGGUAUUAAAUGCAUGCUUGAUAGAUGAAAUCUAUGUAAAAUAACAUUCUUUGUAAUAUAAUGUGGAGUUUAAAUUUGUAAAUGUCUCGCACAACUGUAAAGUAAAAUAUCUCAUGUACAUAUUUACCAAAUAAGAAAAUGCCAAUAAACUGCUAUGAAAUAGCAUGUAUUAUGGAAAUAAAAACAAAUUAUGAAAC